UAACAUCAUAACAUUUUUGUGGUAAUGAAUGUAGUUGAAAUGUGGAAGGUGGUUGCUGCAAUGGUGGCCGUUGAAUUUGGCUUAGCUCUCGUAAAUAUACUCUUCAAGAAGGCACUGAAUGCAGGAACUGACCGUCUCAUCAUUCUCGUCUACAGACAAUCAAUCUCGGCUGUCUUCUUGAUCCCUUUUGUCUAUUUCUGGGAGAGGAGUAGCUGGGCAAAGCUGACGGUCGGGGUGACGGCGCAGAUGUUCCUCUGUGCGCUGCUUGGGUUGACACUCACACAGUACCUGUUCUUGGUUGGGCUUCACUAUACAUCAGCAACAUUCACUUGUGCUUUCAUAAAUAUGGUGCCGGUGAUCACAUUCGUCUUGGCAUUGCCGUUGGGGAUGGAGAAAGUGAAAAUGAAGAGCAAGAGUGGAAAAGCCAAGGUAUUCGGGACGGUAACUUGUGCAAUUGGAGCCUUAAUACUCUGCCUGUACAAAGGGAUCCCGGUGACAAAUCCUGGGCACGUAGUUGAAAACCGUCAAGGGGCAAAGGGCUAUGGGCCUGGAUCCGCAUUUCUGUCCGCGGGCAGUCUGGCUUGGUCGUCAUGGUUUCUUAUACAGUCUAGGAUUGGGCAGAAUUUUCCACACCGGUAUUCUAGCACGUUGAUCAUGUCCUUCUUUAGUGCCAUCCAGUCAGCUGUUUUGUGUUUCAUCACUGACAGAAACAUGUCUAAUUGGAUUCUCCAAGGAGAGCUUCAGAUUCUGAGCGUCAUAUAUAGUGGAAUCGUGGGAUCAGGGCUGUGUUAUGUCGUUAUGUCGUGGUGUGUCAAACAAAGGGGACCUGUCUUUACCUCCGCAUUUAGCCCGUUGAUACAAUUUUUUGCUGCUGUUUUAGAUGUUUUAGUACUGCAAGAAGAAAUUUACCUUGGCAGCAUUUUAGGAUCCGUAGUGGUCAUAUUGGGCAUGUAUGUGCUUCUUUGGGGCAAAGGCAAGGAUGAAGACACUUGUGACGGGGUUCCUAAAACGACAGAUGGGUGUAAUUACCAAGAUUCAGCACAGGAAGUUAGCAGACAGUGAAAUUUCCUCCUAAGCUCAAUUUUUCAGCUACUUUUGUAGACUUGAAGAGUUAAAUAAUUCAAAACGGGCUUUUGUUGCCUUUAGAAAAAAAGAAAUUCAGACAAGGGAUCUAACAUGCCCCCAAUUGUAUUGAUUAAUGAGGUCUUAAUCCCUUUGAUGAUGCAUGCAUAUCUAUACAAAUAUUUGUGAAAGCAUAGUCUCAAACGAAAAGGGAAAAUAAUGAUAGCUAAAUUUUAACUGGAAGUGCCUUGAGAGGAAUGGCUUUUUGCAGGG